AGACUUCCCCCUUUUGAGGUCUUCUCAUGCUCUAUAUCAGACCAUGAAACGGAGCUCACAAGUGUUCAAAACAAUCAAAAGAAAAGGAAAAAAAAGUCUAGUGUUCAAGAUUUGGUGAUUGAACUCAAGAGAUGGCAGCAGAGAUCCCUCUACUUACUCCUUAUAAGAUGGGCAAGUUUGAUCUCUCACACAGAGUAGUUUUGGCUCCAUUAACAAGAACAAGAUCUUAUGGCAAUGUUCCUCAACCUCAUGCCAUUUUGUAUUACUCUCAGAGGGCUUCCAAAGGAGGCUUUCUAAUUGCUGAAGCUACUGGAGUUUCUGACACUGCUCAAGGAUAUCCUGAAACUCCUGGAAUUUGGACUAAAGAACAAGUGGAAGCAUGGAAACCAAUUGUGAAGGCUGUGCAUGAUAAGGGUGGUGUAUUUUUCUGUCAGUUAUGGCAUGUAGGAAGAGUUUCAAACUACGGUUACCAACCUAAUGGACAAGCUCCAAUCUCCAGCACUGACCGGCCAAUACUGGCUCAAACAUAUCCUAAUGGUACGGUUGAAGAGUACUCUCCUCCCCGACGACUAAGAACUGAUGAGAUCCCGCAAAUUAUCAAUGAUUUCAGGUUGGCUGCAAGGAAUGCUAUUGAAGCUGGCUUUGAUGGAAUUGAAAUCCAUGGUGCUCAUGGCUACUUGUUGGAACAAUUCAUGAAGGAAAGCACAAAUGACAGAACCGAUGAAUAUGGGGGUAGCUUGGAGAACAGAUGCCGCUUCGCUAUUGAAGUGAUUGAAGCAAUUGUGAAUGAGAUUGGUGCUGAUAGAGUCGGCAUUAAACUCUCUCCAUUUGCACAUUCCAUGGAAACCUGGGACUCAAACCCAGAGGCUCUCGCACUCUACAUGGUUAAUGCACUGAACAAGUUCGGCAUUCUCUACUGCCACAUGGCUGAGCCAAGGAUGGAAAUUAUAGAUGCUAAGCAACAGAUUCCACGUGGUCUUCUUAACAUGAGGAAGGCAUUCAAAGGAACAUUUAUCGCCGCUGGAGAAUAUGAUCGAGAUGAUGGUAACAAGGCCAUUGCUGAAGGUUAUACUGAUCUUGUUGCCUACGGUCGCUUGUUCUUGGCCAAUCCUGACUUGCCCAAGAGAUUUGAGUUGAAUGCACCACUGAACAAUUACAAUUUUUUCACAUUCUGCACUCAGGACCCUGUUGUUGGGUAUACGGAUUACCCGUUUCUUGAUGAGUCUUCCGCUUGAGUUGCUGAAGAAUUUGCCUGCCUUCUCAAGAGUUAUUUCUGCAUGUGUUUCGGCAUGGUACUUAGAGAAGAAAACAACAUUACAGAUUGAAGAUAUUUUCAGCCAUAGCAAACUGGACAAGAAAAGCAGAGGAAUUGGAACCAAUAUGUUUAAAGAAAACACAGUGAUACUUCGAAUCUAUUUUGUUAUGUCCUGUCUAUGGUUGGAUAUUCACAUGAAUAUGAAGGAUUAAUUAAAAACC